AUGGUAUACGAAAAGUGUUGUGUUGGUGGUUGCAAUACAACACGCGAAACGCACCGGCUUUUCAGAUUCCCUAGGAACGAUAAUUUAAGGAACUUGUGGAUGGCUUUCAUAGUGCCGACAAAUUCACAGCUCAUUGUACUUUCCAAAGAACAGUUACUUAACAAACGUGUCUGUGAAAAACAUUUUGAUGUAUUUCAGUUCGGCAAUGAAGGCAGAAGACUUCGAUACUCUUACCCGUCCUUGCUUACUGACAAUGAAAUAGCUCAUGGUGUGCCUCUGACUGCAACUGGAUGGGAUGUCACAACUGAACAUAAUUACUGUAAAGAGCACAAUGAAGAUGAUUUCACAGAAGCUGUGUUAGUGGUUAGAAAGCCUGGAAGUGAUGUUACGAUUGAACACAAUUACUACAAAGAGCAAAAUGAUUGUUCCAAAUCAUCGGUAGAAAUUGGAUCGUCAGAUGUUGGAAAUUCUCAUGAACAGCCUUCAUGUUCAAAUUUUUCAACUGUUGCAACAGUUGUUGAAAAUAAAGGAAUUGAUUCUAAUACUACAAAAAAGCAUGUACAAAAAAGCAAACAGGUUUCAAUGAAAGAAGGGAAUUUAAUUUUAUCAAUUCUAGUGGAUAUUGUGAUUGGAUAUUUCAUCUUAGAAUUAUUUUUAAAGGAUCAUGAUAAAAAAGAUCUGGGAUACCUUCUAAUGGGAUUUUUGGAGAAAUUGGUAAAUUCAAUGUAUUCUUUGUUGAAAUGGUUGAUGGGUUCUCCAGCUGGCCUUAAAUUGAAUAAUGCAUUCAACAAAAUGCUUGGAAAAUAUUUUUCCUAUCACAUUGAACUUUGGUGGCUAUUUUUAGGCGUGUCAGGGGAAAAAUUAGACAUUAUAUUACAUCUGUACAAAUAUGUAGGUUACCUUGGAUUCACAUUUCAAGCUGCCAUAAUAGCUGAUAUGAUAUGCUUAGCAACAUUCCACUCAUAUUGUAUAUAUGUAUAUGCUGCAAGGCUAUUUAACAUUCAAAUAUCGGGACUAACGGCACUACUCAGGCUGUUUGUAGGCAGAAAAUAUAAUCCAUUAAGAGGUGGUGUAGAUUCGUGUGAAUAUACCAAUCAAGAACUUUUUGUAGGCACAGUUGCAUUUACGAUUUUGUUAUUGUUGUUGCCUACAACUAUCAUGUAUUAUAUAGUGUUCACCUUGUUCCGAGUGUUGUCUAUCUUAGUCCAAUAUAUACUUGCCAAAUCUAUCUAUUUAAUACAAACAUUACCUCUAUAUGUAAUUAUCCUGUGGUUAACACGAUCAUCAAAAGUAGCGGGAAAUGUAUUAAUUGAAGAGGUAAAAAAUGCACAGACUUCUGUUUUAUUACUUAGAUUAAAAUUAUUUAACAAAUCCAUACGAGAUUUGAUAACACACUUUCGGCCUCCUGUGGAUGAAUCAAAGCAUAUUGAAUGGAGCAAUAUGCUAUCAAAUAUUGUAACUGGGAAACAAAUUAUUUAA